AUGGCAGUAUGCCAGCGCUGUGCCGUGCCAGCUGCGUGGAAGUUCUCCAGGGGUCAGAUUCGCCUCUUUGCAUCGGGCGCAAGCCAGACUCGUGCCAGUUUGGCACAGGCGACUCGAACGAGCACCGAGAGUUCUGCAUCUCUGUCCGCCUGGUGGAGGAGAAGACAAGACUCAGGGGGCUUGUCCAAUGAGGCAGCCCAGAAGUUAAGUCAGGAGGUCACGCAGUAUGCGGCGGAACAGCGGCCCAGCGUCACACAUGUGGUCCAGAAGGAUGAGUUUUUGCAGAGGCUUCGUGAGCACUUGGCUGAAACCAUUGAUGGUGCAGAAGUUGCUCCAUUUGGCUCUGUGGUCAAUGGCUUUUGGACACCCAACAGCGAUGUGGAUGUUUGUGUCCGGGUGCCAGGAGCCACUACCAGAAAUGCUCAAAUUCAGGUUCUGCGGCAGAUCUCUGCAGAGUUGACAAAGGUGGAAAGUCACCACGUGGAGGCUCGCUUUGGCGCACAGGUGCCCAUCUUACACUGGGCUCCGCUUCGGCCAGGGAUGGUGUCUUGCGACAUUAGCGUCAACAAUGUCCUUGCGGUGGUGAACUCAAGGCUUGUGGGCCGUUACGUGCGUUUGGACGACCGGCUUCGAACCCUUGGCCUUUGCGUCAAGGCGUGGGCAGCUGCUCGUGGCAUCAACGACCGAAGUCGCGGCACACUGUCCUCCUUCUCGCUGGUGCUCAUGCUGAUACAUUUUCUUCAGCGUCGAGAGCCACCCAUUCUGCCAUCAUUGCAGGACUUGGCCUUUAGCCACAAUGAAAAGCCCAGAUACAUCAACGGUGUAGAUUGUCGGUUCUGUACAGAUGCGGCACAGAUUGAACGGGAAAUGGCCUACUUAAGAGGUCCGCGCUCUCCCAACAAGGAGGAUGUGGGUACACUGCUUCUUGACUUCUUCCGGCAUUUCGGUCACGAAUACCGGAGCGGAAUUAUCCGCAUUCGAGACACCAGAUCUGUUCUACCACCAGGGGAUGAGUCAAAGUGCUUUCUGGUGGUAGAUAAUCCAUUUGAGGUUGGCAAAGACGUGGCCAACGUUGACGCUUCCCAGCAGGGCUCCAUCCGCAAGGAGUUUCGCCGAGCUUGGAGCUACUUAAGCCAGGCAGCUUCGCCGGAAGGAACAAAGCAUAGGAGCUUCGCCAAGCAGAAGUUCCUCGAUUCUGGAACUGAUUGCUUGUGUGGUUCAUGUUCGUAG